AGAACUGUAGCCAGACUGAUAGACGACAACCAUCAUAGGAGAAAUGGCAGAGUUCACGGAUAAAUUCAGCUCUUUCACCAUGACGCAGUUAAACGAGUUACUUGAAGACGAUGAAAAGUUAAAUUCUAUUGUCAAAGAAAUGAACGAGAUGUGUGAGGUGCAGCAGGUGAAAGAGCUGACCCUGGUCAGUAACAUCAGUCUGGCAGAACAGAACCUCCAACUGCAGCCCAGUCUGGACCUUCAGAAGAACCAGCUCACCUCACGCUACCGCCACCUACAGGAGCUCUAUGACAACUACCAGCUACGCAAGUCCACACUCUGUAAGACCGCUAAACAGGUCCACACUACCAAGUCCACACUCUGUAAGAGUCCUAGCAAGUCCACACUUGAUGAGACACCAAGCUAGUCCACACUACUAAGGACAGUGUGCCUGUAUACCAGUCUCUUUCUGUCUACAUCUCACUCAGUGCACUCUGCUAUCUGAAAGACCAGUCUUUCUCUCUCUGUGUUGGUAGCUGACUGUUCUCUACAUGUCUGUCUGGUCGAGCCAGUUCAGUCACUUGUUGUUCCUAGAUACUGCUCCUCUGUCAGUCGGGUUGUUCUAGAUACUGCCCCUCUGUCAGUCGGGUUGUUCUAGAUACUGCUCCUCUGUCAGUGGGGUUGUUCUAGAUACUGCUCCUCUGUCAGUGGGGUUGUUCUAGAUACUGCUCCUCUGUCAGUGGGGUUGUUCUAGAUACUGCUCCUCUGUCAGUGGGGUUGUUCUAGAUACUGCUCCUCUGUCAGUCGGGUUGUUCUAGAUACUGCUCCUCUGUCAGUGGGGUUGUUCUAGAUACUGCUCCACUGUCAGUGGGGUUGUUCUAGAUACUGCUCCACUGUCAGUGGGGUUGUUCUAGAUACUGCUCCACUGUCAGUGGGGUUGUUCUAGAUACUGCUCCACUGUCAGUGGGGUUGUUACUGGA